AUGGAGGCAGACGAGGAAAAGAUCACUUGGCGGUCGCUGCCCAGAAAGGACCAACUGGCAAUCUUGUGUUUCUUACGGUUUGCUGAGCCCGUGGUCAGCAUAUCACUACUCACCUAUCUAUACUAUCAGUUGCAGUCCUUGGACCCCAGCUUGGAAUCGGGGGCGAUCGUCAAGCAGGUAGCCUACUUGCAAACCAGUUUUAUGCUUUCGCAAUGCUUUUCCUCAAUGUUCCUAGGCAGACUGGCCGAUUCUCCAAAGGGAGGGAGGAAACUCGUCCUUUUGAUGGGGCUGGCAGGGUCGUUUGUUGGUUGUGUGGCGUUUGGCUUCAUCACCAAUUUCAAGCAAGCCCUGGCAUUGCGUAUCCUCGAGGGGUUCGUCAACGGCAACGUGGCGACGGUGCGAACCAUGGUGUCGGAAGUAGUUGUCGAGAAGCGAUUUCAACCUCAUGCUUUCUUGCUGCUUCCAAUCUCCUUCAAUGUGGCUGCCAUGGCUAGUCCUUUGAUGGCUGGUCAGCUGGCAGAUCUCCCAGGUAAAUACCCGGACAAGUUUGGAAACAACGCCUUCUUGAAGGCGUGGCCGUACGCGCCCCCGGCGCUGGUAAGCGGCUUCAUCAUGCUGCUCGCCUUCUUCGCGGUGUUUUUCUUCCUGGAAGAGGUCAGUCCGAGAGCCCGCCCGUCUGGGAUGACUGACACAAUAGAGCUGACGAUGGCCGGACAGACUCUUGAGCCGCUGAAACACAGAUUCGACCCGGGACUGGCUGUUACCAAGAAGGUCCGAUCGGUGAUAUUCAGAGUUAGGACCUCGACUGACGAUCCGAUCUCUCCUGGCGACGCCACUGACGAAGAAAUGUCCCGCAUGCUUGACCAAGACCCGGAGUCGUCGGAAAGAGAGUCGGAAGAGCACAUCGAGUCUUUCAAAACCGCCAAAGCACCAAAGGUUCUUCCGACGAGAAGGAUCUUCACGAGAAACCUGUGCUACACCCUUUUGGCGUACGCGAUACAGGAAUACCACAUCACCACGUACAACACCCUCUGGACGAGCUUCCUCAGCGACCCGGUCGACAAUGAAAACCAAACAAAGCUGCCGUUCUUCUUCUCCGGAGGCGCGGGAAUGAAGCCGGAUCAGAUAAUGUGGUCGCUCUUCAUGGUGGGAGUGCUGGGCCUUCCAACCCAGCUGCUCAUAUACCCCCGUGUCAACCGCCGUCUGGGGACGCUCAAGAUGUGGCGCACUUUCAUGCUGGGCAUGCCCCUGCUAUACCUUGUAGUGCCGUACAUCGCCGCCAUGCCUUCGUCUACGCCGCCGCCGGCCGGGAAGACUGGAUUCCCGGUCUGGUUCCUCAUCAUCUCCGUUCAGAUGAUGAUGGUCGGGACGUCAACCUUUGUUGUCCCGGCACAGCUGGUCUUGACAAACUUAUCCUCGCCCCAUCCCUCGGCUCUGGCCAGAACCCAUAGCAGCGCUUUCUUGCUCUCGGGCCUGGUGCGGUCAGCCACGUCUGCCAUUGCCGGAGUGCUGUACAGCUAUGGCUCUACCCACAACAUCACCGGGUUGGCUUGGUGGGUAGCCGGCGCGUUUGCUGUUCUUGGCUGUUGGAACAGUCGGAUUGUGAAAGAAGGAAAUGGCCACGAGAUUUGGCUCACGGGUGAUGUCGAAUAA